GCUAACCGAUGUCAUGUGACUUCAUGUCACGUGACCGGUAAAGGUUCUCUAAAACCACUCUGAUAGCGUUCAGCAGGAAUACAUAUCUUUUCAUUCUUCAUUAAGUCCUUUAUUUUCUGCUGUUUAUUAGUGUUCAGUUCUGUUUAGCCAGAUAAAACGACAGAAAUGCGUGUUGAUCAACAGCUUCGUUUGGACGAGCAGUUGCUACUUUUCAUGGACCAGCUCGAGGCUCUGGAGGAGAAACGACACAAACUUAAUUCCCUUAUAGAGGAGGGAUGGUUUUCAAUUGCCAAAGCACGUUAUUCAAUGGGAAAUAAGCAAGUCUCUGCUCUGCAGUACGCUAGCGAGAUGGAGCCGCUCGUUUAUGUCGAAACCAGUGUGUUGGAAGGUGGAACAGCUGAGUUCAAAUGUGAGCGGAAAGAGAACAAAACAGAAGAACUGAAAAACAACACGAUAGAAGACAUUGGAGCGAAAGAGACAGGUCUUAGAAGGCGUAUAAAUACCACACAAAAGGGGGUUAAAGAGGAGGAACAGGAGACAGACGGUCAAGUAAAAACAAAGGCAGAACCAUCCACACCAGAGCACAGGGAUCCUCUGAAGUGGUUUGGAAUCCUUGUGCCUCAAAAUCUGAAACAAGCUCAGUCUGCUUUUAAGGAGGUCAUCACUCUCUCGGCAGAAAUUGCAUCUCUACAAAGUGCAAUACUUGCUACAAGAAAAGAGAUGCAGGCACAGAUGGAGAAGCAAGAAAAGACAGAGAAGACUCAACCAGAAAUAAAAAAGGAAUAACUGUGACCUUAUUCACUUUCAUCUAUAAUCUUUAUUUAUUGAAAUUUUGUAUAAACCAGCUCAAUUUUCCUGUGUUGAAUAAUAUAAAAUGUUUGUGACAUUUCAAGAGAUCACUGAAAACACUCUUAUUAUAUGAACAAUGCUGUUUUACAAAUAAAAACAUCUUUGAUUAA